AUGUCACUGAACUUGAAAGGCAAGAAGUUUUUAGUGACGGGAGCAGGACGAGGUAUCGGGCGAGAGCUUGUUAAAGCUUUAAACAAAGAGGAAUGCAUUGUGUACGCGCUUAACAGGUCUAAGGAGCCCUUGGAUACUCUUGUGCAAGAAUUACCUGCCGUAGUACCCUUAAACGUGGAUCUUGAAGACUGGGAGGCAACCAGGGCUUUGCUGGAGAGUAUUGAGGUACUGGAUGGAGUCGUGAACAACGCGGGGCUAGCAGACCUACCAUCAACGUCUGUGCUGGAAUGCAGUAAGAAGUUUAUGAAUAAGGUUGUGGACUGUCAAGUGUUCGGGGCGAUAAACACUAUGCAGGUCGUUGCAAAAAAGAUGAUAGAGGCAGGUCGGCCAGGGUCGUUCGUGAACGUAUCUAGCGUCCUUUCCCAUGUGGCUUACCCUGGACAGCUGCCAUACUGCUUUACAAAGGCUGCGCUCGAUAUGAUUACGAAACAGUUUGCAUUGGAGCUCGGACCGCACAACAUUCGAGUAAACUCUAUCAACCCAACGUUGGUCCUUACAGACGAUGUCAAGAGGCAUAUAGAAGAAGGGUCUCCUUUGGACAUAGUGUUCACGUCGCGGACUCCGGGCGGUCGUGUACCGGAGGUAUCGGAAGUGGUUGUUCCAAUCAUGUACCUGUUGAGCGACAUGUCAUCCAUGGUUUCGGGAACCACUCAGGUCGUGGACGGUGGGAUGCUCUCCAGCUUCAUUACCCAACUCUGA